CUGCUGCCGCCAAGUCCGGAUCCAGUCUCGCGCGCCGCUGACGCCCGCCCUCCCGACGUGCACUCCCGAUUCCUUUUGGUUCUAAGUCCAAAAUGGCAACUCUCAAAGAUCAGCUGAUUCAGAAUCUUCUUAAGGAAGAACAUGUCCCCCAAAAUAAGAUUACAGUUGUUGGGGUUGGUGCUGUUGGCAUGGCUUGUGCCAUCAGUAUCUUAAUGAAGGACUUGGCAGAUGAACUUGCUCUUGUUGAUGUCAUGGAAGACAAACUGAAGGGAGAGAUGAUGGAUCUCCAGCAUGGAAGCCUUUCCCUUAGAACACCAAAAAUUGUCUCUGGCAAAGACUAUAAUGUGACUGCAAACUCCAAGCUGGUUAUUAUCACAGCUGGGGCACGUCAGCAAGAGGGAGAAAGCCGUCUUAAUUUGGUCCAGCAUAACGUGAACAUCUUUAAAUUCAUCAUUCCUAAUGUCGUCAAAUACAGCCCAAACUGCAAGUUGCUUGUUGUUUCCAAUCCAGUGGAUAUCCUGACCUAUGUGGCUUGGAAGAUAAGUGGCUUUCCCAAAAACCGUGUUAUUGGAAGUGGUUGCAAUCUUGAUUCAGCCCGGUUCCGUUACCUAAUGGGGGAAAGACUGGGAGUUCACCCAUUAAGCUGUCAUGGGUGGAUCCUCGGGGAGCAUGGAGACUCCAGUGUGCCUGUAUGGAGUGGAGUAAACAUUGCUGGUGUCUCUCUGAAGAAUCUGCACCCUGACUUAGGCACGGAUGCAGAUAAGGAACAGUGGAAAGAGGUUCACAAACAGGUGGUUGACAGUGCCUAUGAGGUGAUCAAACUGAAAGGCUACACUUCCUGGGCCAUUGGACUGUCUGUGGCAGAUUUGGCAGAAAGUAUAAUGAAGAAUCUUAGGCGGGUGCAUCCAAUUUCCACCAUGAUUAAGGGUCUCUAUGGAAUAAAAGAUGAUGUCUUCCUUAGUGUUCCUUGCAUCUUGGGACAGAAUGGAAUUUCAGAUGUUGUGAAGGUGACUCUAACUCCUGAGGAGGAGGCCCGUUUGAAGAAGAGUGCAGACACACUCUGGGGGAUCCAAAAGGAGCUGCAGUUUUAAAGUUUUCUUACGUACCACUUCACUGUCUAGACUACGACAGGGUUUUAGUUGGAGGUUGUGUACAUCGUCGUUAUUAUCUGAUCUGUUACUUAAAUAAUAUCAAAGUGGCCUAAGGAAAAAACAUCGGUUUCCUAAAGUUCUAAAUAGGAAUGGUUCAGCAAACCCUGCAGCUAUACCCUAAUGCUGGAUGAUACUUGCCUUUGUAGUCCUAAAUGGGUUAUCUCAGAGGCACCACUGCCAAUAUUGCAUAUGCAGCAGGUGUUCUUCCAACCAGAUGCGUAUUUCCUGUGUGUUCUAGGACUUCUGGUUCCUUCAUCCAACACCCAACAUGCCCAGUCCAUCUUUCCCAGUCAGUCACAUCCUGGGCUCCAACAUAUAAAUUCAUUAUUGCACGUAUUGUGCAUAACUGUUCCAAAGGAUCUUACUUCGUGUACCAUGUAUGUCAGAAUAUAGUGUACAUUGCCAUAUAAUGUAAAAAGACCAUACAACCAACAAAGUGUUGUACCAACUAAAAUACCAAAUAAAAUUUGAACAGUGAAAAAAAAAAAAAAAAAAAA